AUGCAGAAGCCUCAGCCGCCCCCGGAGCCAAUUGACGCAGAGGCAACGGUGACGCCCCCCGCGCGGAAGUCUCGCAAUAGCAGCGCUGGAAAGGUUAUGCCGCUCCGGCUGUCGUUCUAUAAAGGCUGCGAAAUCGCAGGUCAGCCUCCAGCAGCGCCCAAAGCCAAGGCUAAGAGCGUCGGCAAGGGAAAGAAGCCGUCUGAGGCGGAGUCAGGUGCUAGCCCGCCGCCUGUUGACGGCAAGCCUGCUGCGAAAACGGAGACAGACCCCAAGGCAGAGGUUUCAAGCUCUAACGCGGCACAGCCUGAGGCCGUGACAGAGAAGGUGGAGAAAGGCGACCCGCCGAACGAGGUGAAGGAGCCGCGUACCCGUCUCCUUCAGGCUUUCGCCAAAGCCGUCCCAGGACUCAAAAAUGGUGAGACGGUUCUGUUGGAAGAGCCGCAAGCGGAGACUGAGGCUCCGGCUGCUGUCCCUGCAGACGAAGCGGCAGCCGCAUCGCCGGACGCCAAGCCCAAAGCAUCUACGAGGAAGAAGAAGAAGGAGGAGGCCAAAUCCAAGGACGCAGGAGUCAACAGUGGUGAGACGGUUCUCGUGGAAGAGCCGCAAGCGGAGGGCAUAGAGGCUAAGUCAAAGACUUCGGCUGCCGUCGCUGAGCCUCGCGGCGAAGCGGAAUCCGCUGCACCGGACGCCAAGCCCAAAGCAUUUGCGAGGAAGAAGAAGAAGGAGGAGGCCAAGUCCAAUGACUCAGGACCAGUUGUGGCUAGCUACAAGACGAUCAUGUGUCAUAGCCGAUCAGAACAGCGUCUUGUCCCCGAAGUCGAUGGAACACCAGCACCACGGCCAGGACCCAAGAACGGUGCAACGGUUCUCUCGGAAGAGGCGCAAGAGGAGGCCACAGAAUCCAAGACGUUGGCUGCCGCCUCUGAGCCUUCGGCCGAAGCGUCAUCCGCAUCGCCGGACGCCAAGCCCAAAGCAUCUGCGAGGAAGAAGAAGAAGGAGGAGGCCAAGUCCAACGACGCAGGUGCUUCCGAUGCCAAAGGCAAGCCUUCUGAGGCGACGGCCACACAAGCAGAGACCGAAGCCCCCCAGGAGGGAAGGUCUGCCAAAGAUGCGGGACCAAAAAGGAAGAAGCAAGAACAGAAGGCAGCACAAGAGCAAGGCUCCGCCAACAACAAAGACGCCGCAGACGCCGAGGCGGUGGAGAACAAGGCUGAUGUCCCCACAGAGUCCAGGCCUGAAAGCAAAGCCGCAUCGAAGAAGCGGAAGAAGGAGGCAAAGACUGGAAAGGAGGAAGGUCAAGCAAGCUCUGAGAAGAUGGACAUUGAGGCCGUGGCCGAGCCGGCACCAGCGCCAGCUGCAGAGCCAGCGGAGUCGGAGAAGCCAAA